AUGAUGUGGGGGAAGAGAAGCGACGAGGACGAGACAGAAGAGAACCUGACGGUGAGAGGAGGGAGAAGGGAGGGUGUGGGAAGGAGAAGUGUGUUAUGGUGGGGAGAGCAUUACGUGGUGAUGGAAACGACACGGAGGAUGAGAUCGGGGGAUACAGCGGUGCCCAAGUCGACAACAAUACCCCAAGCCAAGGCAGAGGAGCGGCUGGUGGAUCACGACCAGGAUCCUCGCAUCGUGUUGGUAAGGGCGAGGUUCCAAGGUGCGGAAAGGAUGCACGCGAGGGCAUCGGGAUCUCCCGUAGAUCAAGGGGAGGGCCUGUUGGAGGUUCCGGUGACCUCUCUAGGAUCAGCGGGUUGUGGUAUGUCUUCGACGGCAAGGAUGUGGCGCUCGACGACGAGGACAUGCGUCGAGCAUGAGUGUGGGGCAUCGUCAGACCAGGAUGAAUUGCCAGAGGUAAUUCAGGCAAGGACGGGCAGCAAAGAACGUCGAGCUUGGCAGUGGCGGGCUGUUGGGGUUAAGGAGGGUGUUGGUUCGGCGGGAACCCUAGGGGGUACGUCGGUUGCUUCCUCCACAAGGUAA